CGGAGCUGUUUGUUGUUGGCAUAGUUAGUACUUCACAUUGGGUUACCGGAAGGGCUGAUGGGUUCGUAUGUAGGUGCGAAAGCGAGCUAGUGGACGUCUUAUCGGUGUGAAAGAUCUGUAACAUCUGCAAAAAUGACAUCCAUCAUUAAGCUGACUACCCUGGUCGGCGCCCAGGAGGAAUCUGCAGUUUGUUAUCUUCUUCAGGUUGAUGAAUUCCGGUUUCUCUUGGACUGUGGCUGGGAUGAGAAUUUCUCAAUGGAUAUCAUCGACUCUGUAAAAAAGUAUGUCCACCAGGUGGACGCUGUCCUCCUAUCACAUCCUGACCCAUUACACCUAGGUGCUCUGCCCUAUGCUGUUGGAAAGCUGGGGUUAAACUGUGCAAUAUAUGCUACUAUUCCAGUGUAUAAGAUGGGUCAGAUGUUUAUGUAUGACUUAUAUCAGUCUCGUCACAACACUGAGGACUUCAGUCUCUUCUCUCUUGAUGAUGUUGAUUGUGCAUUUGAUAAAAUCCAGCAAUUAAAAUAUAACCAAAUUGUGCAUUUGAAAGGAAAGGGUCAUGGUUUAUCAAUCACUCCUUUACCAGCUGGUCACAUGAUAGGUGGCACCAUAUGGAAAAUUGUGAAAGAUGGAGAGGAAGAAAUUGUGUAUGCAGUCGACUUCAAUCACAAGAGGGAGAUACAUUUGAAUGGCUGCUCCUUGGAAAUGAUCAACAGGCCAUCUCUACUUAUAACAGACAGUUUUAAUGCUACCUACGUGCAGCCAAGAAGAAAGCAGAGGGAUGAACAACUGCUAACAAAUGUAUUGGAAACUCUGCGAGGAGAUGGGAAUGUGCUUAUUGCUGUAGACACAGCAGGCAGAGUGCUUGAACUUGCGCAGCUUCUUGAUCAGAUUUGGAGGACCAAAGAUGCUGGGCUAGGUGUUUACUCUUUGGCUCUCCUGAAUAAUGUCAGCUAUAAUGUGGUGGAGUUCUCAAAAUCACAGGUGGAAUGGAUGAGUGAUAAGCUUAUGAGGUGUUUUGAAGACAAGAGAAACAACCCUUUUCAGUUUCGUCACCUCACCUUGUGUCAUGGCUAUUCUGACCUUGCUCGUGUCCCAAGUCCAAAAGUAGUUCUUGCAAGCCAGCCUGAUCUUGAAUGUGGAUUUUCAAGAGAGCUCUUCAUUCAGUGGUGUCAAGAUCCCAAAAACUCUGUUAUUCUCACCUACAGAACUACUCCAGGAACUCUUGCUCGCUUUCUAAUUGAUCACCCCUCAGAGCGAAUCAUUGACAUAGAGCUGAGAAAACGUGUAAAGCUUGAAGGGAAGGAGCUUGAAGAGUACGUGGAGAAGGAGAAACUGAAAAAAGAAGCUGCUAAAAAACUGGAGCAAUCCAAAGAGGCAGACCUGGAUUCUAGUGAUGAUAGCGAUGUGGAGGAGGAUAUUGAUCAGAUCACAUCCCACAAAGCCAAACAUGACCUGAUGAUGAAAAAUGAGGGCAGCAGAAAAGGCAGCUUCUUCAAACAGGCAAAGAAGUCUUAUCCUAUGUUCCCUGCACCAGAAGAGAGAAUUAAAUGGGACGAAUAUGGUGAAAUUAUAAAACCUGAGGAUUUCCUAGUACCUGAGUUGCAAGUAACAGAGGAUGAAAAGACUAAGCUAGAGUCGGGUUUGACAAAUGGAGACGAGCCAAUGGACCAAGACCUGUCUGAUGUUCCAACCAAAUGUGUUUCAACAACAGAAUCAAUGGAAAUCAAGGCAAGAGUAACAUAUAUUGACUACGAAGGACGUUCAGAUGGUGACUCCAUAAAAAAGAUCAUUAACCAAAUGAAGCCAAGACAGUUGAUUAUUGUGCACGGCCCUCCAGAUGCAACUCAGGAUCUUGCUGAGGCUUGUAGAGCAUUCGGAGGCAAAGAUAUCAAAGUUUAUACUCCAAAACUGCAUGAGACUGUAGAUGCAACAAGUGAAACACACAUUUACCAAGUAAGGCUGAAAGAUUCCUUGGUUAGCUCCCUUAAGUUUUGCAAAGCCAAAGACACAGAGUUGGCAUGGAUUGAUGGGGUACUGGAUAUGAGAGUAUCAAAAGUAGACACUGGGGUCAUAUUAGAAGAAGGGGAGUUAAAGGAUGAAGGUGAAGAUAUGGAAAUGCAAGUUGAUACUCAAGUUAUGGAUGCCAGCACAAUAGCCCAGCAAAAAGUCAUUAAAAGCCUGUUUGGAGAUGAUGACAAGGAGUUUUCAGAAGAAAGUGAGAUCAUCCCAACAUUGGAGCCAUUGCCCAGCAAUGAGGUCCCAGGACACCAGUCAGUUUUCAUGAAUGAACCACGACUCUCCGAUUUCAAGCAAGUUCUUUUGCGGGAAGGGAUUCAGGCUGAAUUUGUUGGUGGUGUGCUAGUGUGCAACAAUAUGGUAGCUGUCAGAAGGACGGAAACAGGUCGGAUUGGAUUAGAAGGAUGCCUUUGUGAGGACUUUUUUAAAAUAAGAGAACUUUUAUAUGAACAAUAUGCCAUUGUGUGAAGAAUGUUUGUUUACAGGGACAUGCCAUGUGAAAAUUGCUUCUGGACUUUUUUUUCUUUUAUAUAUUUUUUAACCUGGAAAAUGCAUAGAAAGCAAACAGUUUUUUCAAGCCUUACCGAGGAGCAUUUCUUCAUUAAGUUCUGAAAAGGCAUUUAUGAUCACUUUUCCUUCCUGGAGGAUCAAACUAGAUUAUUUAUUCUAGAGAUUCCAGUGCACUACCUUAACAAACAAUGCUGCCAUACUUCAAUCCUCAAAGGCCUUGUGUUGGUCUAACAGUGUAGAUUCUGCAAAUGGUAAGAUAGACAGAAACAAUUUUUGUUGGGCCUCUAUUUAACUGAAAAUACCAGGGCCUGGUUUGAGUCGGAGUACACACUUUGGGUAAAUAAGUACACGGGCACUUAAAUGUAAAGUCAAUUAAUGAUUAAGCCAGUUUUUCAUGUUUCUUUACUGUCACUUUAAAAUAAUAUUUGCUUAUUAGAGUUACUUAUAGGUUAUGUUGAUCGUUUUUUGCUGAUAGCUCCUAAACCUGACUGUCCCUUCUUAACUGGUCAGUUUCUAUUGUUAAUAGACUACUGCUGCACAAAUUUGCAUCCUCAUAGGGGAAUAUUGGGGUAAGAAAGGUAAUGUAAAAGCAUCAGGCAAAUACUUUUAUGGCAAAAUUAUAAAUAGCAUUGAAAGACAAUGUUAUGAUAGAUAUAAAAAAAUAUUUCCUGUUUUUUUUUUUUACAGUACAAUAUAAGGUAUUUUGUCUUUUGUGGCCGAAUAAACAAUACUUUGCUUUCUUACUUAA